CUUACAAAAUGGCGGCGCAUCAUCGACGGCGUUUUUGACUGAAUUUAUAAAUUGAAAAUAUUAUAAAAUUACUCCGCUGAUCGGUUUAGUUAAUAAGUAAACGUUUUGUGUAAUAAACGCGAAAGAUGGAGACGAUAAACAACGGCAUGUGCCGGUGCUGUGCUUCCGAGGGCACGUUCAAAGAUGUCGCGACGAGGUACCAAUGGAUGGGAGAGGAGGAGGUCUACGGGGAAAUGUUACGAGAAUGCUUUGAUAUUACUCUGGCAGCGUCAGACGACGGCCAGGAGGCAGGCAUAUGCGAAGUGUGCAUCACACAGCUACGCAACGCAGCCAACUUUAAGAAGCAGGUGCAGAGGACAGAGGAGCAGUUUAAGAGGCGGCUGGACGAUCUGCCGUUUAAAUCAAACAUAGUGAAGGUGGAAGCAAGUCCGUUGGAAGAAGCAGUCGGAGUGUCCGAUGACGAUGACAAGUACUCCGACGAAAUGAGUUUAAGUGAAUACCAAGAAAUUGCAAUCAAGACUGAGUCGUCAGACGAUACUAAGGCCAAAAAGCGGUCGGCCAAGGCGACGACAUCCCGGGCCAAACAGCCGAAGCUCGAAGCCGAGACGUCUUCGAAACGAACGGACGGCGCCGCGCCGAAGCGCAGGAAAGCGAAAAAGAAAGGCGUCAAUAGCGCCACGCCACAACGCGCCGAACACAGGGUCAACCUUACCGCCAUACUACAAUUCUCCAACGCGAGUCCCUUCCGCAAUAAGACGGUCCGCGGAUUCUCCUGUCUCUACUGCUGUAAAUCAUUCCCAACUAUCCAAGAAUUACGAGAACACACUUCCCUCCAGUCCGAAAAGGACAAACUUAACACCAUGGCAGACUACAAACUCAGCUACAACCCCAUCAAACUCGACAUCACUGACUUACGCUGUACGGUCUGCGAUCUGCCCAUGACUGACUUAGCAAAUCUCAAGGAGCAUCUCACAGCCGUACACAAUAAAACCAUUUAUAAAGACAUCAAGGACGUCAUACUCCCUUUCCGCUUAGGAAACGGCAACAGCUAUACUUGCAUGAUCUGUUCUGUUGUCCAUGUAUCGUUCAAGAAUCUGUUCCAUCAUAUGACGACGCAUUACAGGAAUUACUGCUGCAAAAAAUGUGGUGCAGGUUACGUUACCAUAGCGGCGUUGAGGCGACACGAUUACACGCACUUUCAAGGUGUCUUUCCUUGUGAUCACUGCGAUAAGACAUAUUCUUCUCUAGCAAAGAAACGAAACCACGAAAAAGGUGCUCACACCGGCGGAUGGCUGAGAAACAAGUGUCCGAAAUGCCCCAAAGUGUUCACGAGUUACUACGACAGAAACGAGCAUCUAGCUAAAGAGCACAACGAAAAAUCAAUCGUGUACAACUGCAACGCUUGCAGUAAGUCGUAUAAAAAGAAGUUUGAGCUCAACAGGCAUAUACGGAAUCACCAUUUGCAGCAAAGGAACUAUUUCUGUGAUAAAUGCAACGCUAAGUACUUUUCCAAGCGCGGUCUCGUCGAUCAUCUGGCGAGGCACUCUGGCGGGGAAACUUGCGCUUGCGAUGUCUGCGGAAAGACAUUCUCCCAGAUGCGUACAUUGAAAGUCCAUAUGGCAUUACACGAAGACGACAAAAGAUAUCAGUGCGAGGUCUGCGAAAAGGUAUUCGUUCAGAAAUGCAGCCUCAAAGCGCAUAUGCGCUUGCAUCAGGACGAUUUGGACAUUUUCAAGGAAUUUGAAGACGUUAAACAUCUGAUUGACAAUAGGGAGAUGACGUUGAAGCAGAUUGCAGCCGAAAAUAAAAAAAAAGCGGAGGAUGAGAAACACAAGACAGAGUUUAUGUAGUCGUACGCAUUGUAACGCCAUUCACAAACGUUUGCAUAAGUGAAGCAGCAAAUGGAACGCAACGUUGAAUUGAGUUCUGUGAUUGGUUGUGGACCCUGUGCGUCCACGAGCACUAUAAGACCUCAUAGUAAUGUUUGUGAAUACGGGCGUAAAUGUGUUAUAUCGUACAGUAUACAGCGAACAGCGUAUAUUACCUACAUUUUUGUCAAAAAGUCGCUCUUAUGAUAACUACAUAGAUGCCACGUUAUAGUCUGAUAUACAGUCGGCGUCAAAAUAGUUCGUGACGCCCAAAGUGGCCAGAAAGUUGACAACACAACCUUAUUCCAAUUGUAACAAAGUCGUAUUUCGAAGUUUUUGGCUACUAGCACAGAAUAAUAAUAAGUACUACGUACAGAAGUUUAACUUCGCGAAGGUAUUUAAAAAAAUGUAUGCUCAAUGUCAUUAACAAUAUGGUGUAAUUUAGCAUGUCUCAAGAGUCAAGCACCAUUUUGUUGACAAACGUCAGUGAUCGGCACUGCGCCGAAGCUAUAGGGCUGACUUCGGUAAAAUGAUGUGACGUGAGGUGCCAAACUGCGGAAAAUGGCGGAGGAAAUACAUGAUUUAGCAUGAAAUUAUCAUGAAUAAUAUUAACUACUUAUUUACCUCUCAGUGUCUUGAGGCAACUUAAAAAAGUACAUUCUGUGUUUUUAUUAUUAUUUAGGCAGUUAAAUACUGCACAUUUCUUUAUUUUCUUCCGUCAUACCUACACAAGAAUACGCGUGCGUGAGUCAAUGUUCGCUCGUAUGUGAGGCCUUGUCGAAUAGUAUCCUGUAGGUGGGCCAUCGUGCGUGUUUUGUUUUCGAUGUAAACUCGCAGAGAUGAACAGGCCUGCUACUAGUCACGAACUAUUUGACGCUUAUUAUAGGUACCUACAAGAGAUGAUAGUAUGCAGCCAGUUAGAAUGUCUGGCAAAAGUUUUAUUUAAUGAUUUAGCUGGUUCAGCCAGCGUCAAAUUGUUCGUGACACCCAAAGUAGCCAAAAAGUUCGCAACACGUCUUUGUUACAAUGAGGUCUAUCGUUUUUAUACUUAACAGUUGGCACCCCUGGCAUUUGACAGGACCUUACUCUACAGUGGCGCCAUCUUGAUGAGUGCAAAUGCGAUAGUCCUCCUACCACUUUAGCGCUCACAAGUUGGCGCCACUGUCUUCGCUACUAGCAAGUGACAGGACCUUACUCUACAGUGGCGCCAACUGGUGAGCGCUAAAACGAUAGCCCUCAUUGGAAUAAGGUUGUGUUGUCAACUUUUUGGCCACUUUGGGCGUCAUGAACUACUUAUUUAACGCUGACUGUAACGAUCUAGGCAGGAAAUGUAAUGCUCAGCACUGGUAAAACCACAGAUAUGGAUUAGAGUAGAUACAGCAAGUUGAUCGUCAAAGCGUGCCAUUCCGAUAUGUCCAAAUGGACAUACAUGGUCGAGUGAUGUUCAUGUAAUCCGAUUACAACAAUCGGUUUCGAUGAUUUUACGAGGACAGUAGUACGAACACGGUAGAAAGAAGAAAUUAUUUACGGAUUGAGAAUUGUAAUUAACAGCACAAGUAACAAAUAAUUAAUUAGAAUAAAGUAGCAGUAGAAGAAGUGUAAUAGAGUAGCAUUGUUUUUAAUACAUAUCCUGCGAUGUACUCUUAAGAGUUAAAACCAUGGUCCCUGUAUGUGGUGCACUCAUACCGAUCCCAAGGAACCGUACUUACUCAUAACAAUAAGACACACACUGAUGCAUGUAUUCAUGCACUUGACAAAUUUAUGUCUUGAAACGGUGGUAGGGUAAAAAAAAUAACGAGAUUUGACGAUUUGUAAGAAUUAAUUUAU